UUACUCAAGAGUCAUGAGAAGAAAGAGUAAUGAGAAGAAGCUCAGGUAUGAAGGCGAAACUUGAUUGAUUUGUACAAGUUCAGAUAUCUCCCUUUACUGCUUUUCAAGCACAUUUUGACGUGAAAAUCAACGAGACGUGAAGAUCAACGUGUGUCAAUGCGCAAUCGCUGCGCAAGGUUGACGCACAUGAAUGCAUCAAAGUUGUCCACAGAGUUCCAUCAAAGAUGGCGUCUCAGCGUCGGCAAAUGAUGCAAAGCCAUCAGAGCUGGACAGAUGACCUGCCCCUGUGUCAGAUGUGCGGGGUGGGAACAGCCCCCAACUGUACCUACGGACCCGAUGGAAAGGACACCCAGAGCCACCCCAACGAGGACGGACACUUCAGGUUCAGCCUCAGUAGAACAGAUUGGACAAGACCACACACUACAUCAGACUGGGGGGGGGUGGAAUUAGGCCCCACAACACCCACCCGUAGCACGCUCUCCAGCAGAGGUGAGGAAGGCUGUUUCCUGUAUGGAGUGUUUAAUGGGUUUGAUGGGAGCAGAGUGUCCAGCUUCGUCUCUCAGUGUCUGACAGCAGAACUGCUUCUGGGACAGCUCAAGUCUACACACACUGACUCUGAUGUCCGCAGAAUUCUCUCACAGGCCUUCGACGUUGUAGAGAAGAGUUACUUUGAGACAAUCGGUGACGCUCUUGCAGAGAAGGCUACUAUUAUAUCCCAACUACCUGAGGGAGUAUCGUUCCACCAGCUCUCCCCCCAGAGUCAGAAGCUUUCCGAGAGGCUGAAGGACCUGGAGCAGGAAGUGUCUGGUGGAGCUACCGCUGUUGUGGCUCUGAUACACAACAACAAGCUCUACAUCGCCAACGUGGGUACCAACCGGGCCCUGCUGUGUAAGUCGACCAGCGACGGUCAGAACCAGGUGAUCCAGAUUGGACGACCUCACACCACAGAGAACGAGGACGAGCUCCAGAGACUGGCUGGGCUGGGUCUUGAUGUGUCUGGUCUUCGUCAGGCGGCUCUGAUAGCUGGUCAGAGCAGCACCAGGAGGAUUGGAGACUACAGGGUUAAAUAUAACUACACAGAUAUAGAUCUGUUGAGCGCCGCCAAGAACAAGCCAAUCAUAGCAGAGCCGGAGAUCCAGGCCAGCCAAUCGUUAGAGGGUGUGACGGGCUUCCUGUUGCUGAUGUCAGAGGGGCUCAUCAAAGCCCUGGAGUCUGCCCACGGACCUGAACAGGCCAAUCAGGAGAUGGUAGCGAUGGUAGCAGCAGAACUAGCCCAACAGGGAAGCCUAGAGGCCGUGGCCCAGUCGGUGGUGGAGCGGGAGCGGCUACACCACGAUGUCGCCAGCGGACGCCAGGCGUCCCACUGCUCCCGUCACGAAGACGGCCCAGCGCUGCCGUCACCACACCCACACAGG